AAAAAAAUCAAAAAAAACAAAAAAAAUGAAAAUAUGACAAUCUCUCUUUUCUUUAACUAAUACAUCUUCAUUUUUCUUUCAGGUGCAAAAAGGGGAAAUUCAAGAAGGACAUGGGAAAGGAAACUCGAGAAAGGACUCAAUUGAAGGAAUCAAAAGUUUAAAGGUGAAAUUCAUCAAAUUUACAAACCCAACCACUAACCCAUUUCAAUUGAGCCCAUUAUCCAAACCCAAAACCCAUCAAAACCCAAAACCAAGCUCAAAUCCAAUUACCCAAAACCCAAAUACCAAACCCAAAACCCAAAACCCAUUUAAGCCAAAAACCCGAAAAAAAAAAGGGGAAAUAAAAAAUUGGAUCUGGAAACUUCUUCCCCAAUCCCACACACCCGAACCUUGCCCUGCUCCAUGCCCUGCUCCAUGCCCCUUUGCUCGCCUACGCCCCUGCUUGCCUACACCGAGCUUGCACGCACCAGCACCCCUGCCCAGCGCCCCUGCUCUACAUCCUCACCCAAGCCCGGCUUGCUGCCUACACCCCUAACUUGUCCUACCCCCUAUCACCGAACUAGCCAUCAUCACACCCUCGCACGCCUGCAACCUGCCCUGCAACCAGCCGACUCCGCCUCCCUUCUCCUGCACCCGUCGAGCCUACAGCAGCCUACACCCCCUCUCUGCGCUGCCCUUCUUCUGCAACAAAAUCUCUCUGCGCCGCCCCUCUUCUGCAACCGGAUCCUGCACCCCACGUUGCAGCCAACCGAGCAUGAGACAAACCUGCAGGAUGACAUCACGCUCCAGCUUUCUUGACUGUUCUGCAGGGCUAGUUUUGGCCUCACCCGAUCAACGGUGGGAGGAAAAAGAAGAAAAAUUGAAGGGUUUGGAUGAGGAGAGAAGAAGGUAGUUAGGGUUUUGUUUGAUUUUGUAUAAAUAGGAAGAACCGGUGAAUUGAAAAGGGGGGUUGGAGAGAGUUUUGAAGUUUGAUUUAGAGGUUUUCUUUGUUGAUUCUCGGGUCCAAUUGUGAGAGAUUUUUCCGUUUGGGCUUUUGAGAGCAGAAGAAGGAAAUUCCGAGGAGAAGAGAGGGAGUUCUCUUGGUUGUUCUUUUCAGUCUGAGUUUGGAAUUGCCGGAGGUGAGAACAAGAGAAAAGAGAUCACCGGAGGAGACUGCAUUUCCUUGGUUUUUGUUGCCUUAGGUAAACUUUUCUGAUCAGAGGAGGUUUUGGGAGAGGGUGGUGAAGGAAAGGUUGGAGCUUGAUCCCGUGGGUGGGAUCCCUCCCUCCGAUCCUGAUCUGUUUUCUUCCAAAAUUUUCACCAUGGUUGUUUUAAUUUCUUUGUGUUGAUGUACUGCAUUUGUAUUUGAGGUUGAUAUCGCCUAUGAAAUCAAGUAUUGUCUUUUUAAUUUCAUGGAUCUGAAAUCAAUUGGAUGUAUGCCUGUUUUUCUUUGUUUGUUUUGGUUGAACAGCUGAAUAGUAGCCUUAAGUUCCAUU